CAUGGGAAUUACACGGAUAUCGGACUAUCUGCAAAUAUUUGUUAGGUAUUUAAUUUCACGGUCCUUUAUUUCGAAUUACUUUAAUGCAAAAGUGAUUCAAUAAAAGUCUGAUAUUUGUAUUUUGGCAGAUAAUGUGCAGCAAUAGUACAGUUCAGUGUGUCACUGUGGAGGUGUUUUUUUUUUUUUUUAGUAAUUAUGAUUUGGAAUUAUGUUUUCAAAUAUUUAGGUGGCAUUUUGGAGCAGUAUUCUUGUUUGGGUGUGUCUUGUGACCACAGAGGCUCUUGAUUAUCACAGAGUCUGACAAGAACGUGUUCUUUUCUGCAGACAGAGCUUAAAACAAUAAUGCUAACUUUCACCUUCAUUCAGCAUUAGACUUGCACAGCAGGCAGUAGCUAAGCAGCUAGGAUGAACCAUCCACAUGGCACUGUUCAAAGCAACUGUUCAAUCAGCGACUUCAAACACAACGUCUAUCCAGCUGUCUACCUGUGUAUCUUCGUCUUGGGAUUAUUUGCCAAUCUUGUCUCAUUAUGCUACUUUGUUGGUGUGUGUAGAACAAGAAAUUCCUUCAGUUCCGUCCACUUCUUCAUGGUCAACCUUCUGAUUUCUGACCUGAUGCUGGUGUGUUCUCUGCCGUUCCGAGCCGUCUAUUACCUCAUGGAUUCCCACUGGGUGUUUGGAGACAUCAUUUGUCGCAUCAUGGGUUUUGUGUUCUAUGCUAACAUGUAUGGCAGUAUUUACUUCUUAAUGGUCCUUAGUGUAUUUCGCUUUGUGGCCAUCAUUAAGCCAUACAGAUAUGUGUCCUUCCAGAGUACUCAAGGUGCUUGCUUUGUGUGUGGCUUUAUUUGGCUGUUGGUGCUCAUAGCGUCCAUCCCUCUACUGGAUGCAGGCACCUCUCAGGAUCCAUCUGGCCAAAUCAAAUGCCUUGAGCUGGAUGUAUCUCAGUUGAAGUCCAUCAUCACCCUGAACAAAGCUGCGUUGUCUCUAGGCUUCGUCUUACCCUUUGUAGUCAUUUCAGUUUGUUAUUUGAUUGCAGCUGGGAAAUUGCUACAGCUUAGAAAGGGUCCAGGGAGAAGAAAUCCCCAUUACAACAAGUCCGGCGCGCUGGUUAUCAUUGUUCUCAUCAUUUUCCUUGUGUGCUUUAUGCCAUACCAUGUUGUGCGCACUGUCUUUUUAGAAGCUGAAAGACAGGUUAAGGAGAAUGGAUAUGAAUCAUGUCAUUACAUUGAUAAGGUGAGAAAAGCAGCUGUGGUUACGCAUUGCCUGGCUGCUGGAAACAGCUGUUUGGAUCCUCUUCUAUACUUUUUUGCAAGUGAAAACUUCUGGACCUUUUGGCAAAGGAAGAAAAAGAGGAGGCUGAGCAGAAGGUUGAAUCGGAGUGAAAAACGACCAACAAAUGCGACAAGGACAGAGUUAAAAGAGGUCCAUGCUCAAGAUGGUAUCUGACAUGGGACUAAAAGGCACCUGGACAUUUUGCCCUAGGACCUCAUUUCAGUUAUUUCAUUAGAACACAAUGCAUAUUUGUCCGCACAUACAGUACAAGCUUGGCACAGGUUUUACGCCGGAUGCCAUGCAUUAUAGAUUUCUACAUUUCUAUAUUUACAUUAUACAGUUAUAAAUUAUGAUGUUAAAUUGUGUAUUAUGUUAAAAUUGCACUGUAUCUGAAUUUCAUUAAGACACUGUGACUAAACCCUUCUAAACUUGGAAGAAAUGCCUAGGUAUUUAAAAGAUGCAUAAAAAUGUACCGUUCAUAGACACUUAAGCAGUGUUAAAGCAAUGUUAAAGGCCAGAUAGUAUGAUACAAUAUUCCUGAAUUAGAGCUCAGUGUGUACAGAGGUUUUAUGGUUAUUGUGGAAUAGAAAGUUGCAAACCUAAACGUGUAAGGCCCACAUUCUAUUGUUGUACCAAAAGGUAAAAAGCAUAGCAUGGUAUUUGGAAAAUAGUUGUCAGGUAAUGGGAGAUGCCAGAACCUUAUUUACUGUGCUAAAAAUGGUGCACAGCACAGGAGUGGAAAUUAGAUAAGGAAUGCUUGAUGUACUGUACAUAAUUAACAGAAUCCAUGUUCAGACUAACCUUGUGCCCAGGACUAAUAUUACAUGGCUCGGUAAAGCAUAGAAAGUAGUUUAAAGGUGGUAAUGAUAAAUAUUACAUAAUUAAUGUAAACAAUUUAUCAUCUUCAAAUUAAAUGGUAGCCUGAAAGGCACAAUGGUUGACUGGAUACUUCUAAAAAAUGUUUGCUAACAGCACCAUCUGCUGGUUCGUCUCCAUAAUGCAUGUACUGUACUGAAUUACACACCAUUGCUUAUUUGUAGGCCUGCUUUGCCAAAGUAGAUCUUUUAUUUUUUACGUUACAUUUUUUAAAAUAUAAGUAAACAUAAAGGGCUUUCAGAAACAUUACAUUAAACUUAUUUAAGCGUUGCUCAACAUCUUUUAUACCAUUCAUUUCCCUUUUAUCACAUAGUGUAACUUUACAAGUUAUGUUUGGUACAUCAAUGAACUAGAGGCAGCAUAAUGGCUUAGUGGUUAGCAACAUCACUUCACACCUCCAGGGUUGUAGGUUAAAAUUUUGGCUCUACUCUGCGUUCUUGAAGUUUAUACGUUGCCUCACAGCUUGAUGGGUUACUUACGGGUUCUCCAGUUUCUCCCAACAUUUUAAAGAUCUGUGCUGUAACCUGAUUGGUGUUACCAAAUUGCCUGUUGUUCCGUACAAAAGGGUCCGGGCCCCCCAUGUCCCUUUGAUUUAUAAGCGGUAUGGAAAACAGAUGCGCGGUUGGAUGGAUGAAUAAAAUGUAACUUUAAAGAUACACUCCAUGCACCUUUAAAACAUGAAGUAGGAAAUUAUUAUGUCAGCAGCAGUGUGGUUGUUUAUGUCUUAAAGUGCAAAAGUCCUUGUUUUCAAUUUACAAUUAAGUCUCGGCAUGUGAGUCCUCAACUUUAUAAUCCCAAAACAGUGAUUGUGUGUUCUUUCCCAAGUUUAUUGCCAGAAUAAAAAUGUAUAUGAUAACCAUGUAGGUUUUACA